AUGGUAGAGGACUUAGCAGCCUCCUACAUUGCUCUGAAAUUGGAGAAUGAAAUUCUGCAGGCUCAAGUGCAGAGGCUGAUGGAGGAAAAUGCUACCUUGCAGUCCCAGAUCCCAGAGCUCCAGAAGCCCCGAGCAGCCAAGGAGGAUGAACCACUCCAGAAGCCUUCUGAGGCCCAGGAGUACAAGAGAUCCCCAGAGCCCCUGGGUUUCCCAGCAGCCUUGGAGCCCCAAGAGCCCUCAGAGGUCAAGGAGCCCCAAAAGUCCAGAGAGUCUCAGGACCUCCCAGCCUGGGAGCCCCCAGUAGACCAGGAGCCCCAGAAGUCCUUGGAGCCCCCAGCAACCAAGGGUCCCCAGGCAUCCCAAAUGGUCCAUGAGCUCUCAGCAGUCUGGGAGUCCCAAAAGCCCUCAGAGCUCCCAGAUACCCAGGAUGCCCCAGGAGACCAGGAGCCCCAGAAUUCAGAACCCCAAGAUCCCUCAAAUGCCCAGGAACCCCAGGAGGCACCAGAAAGCUGGGAGACCUCAACAAAUUUGGAGUCUCUUGAGCUUCCAGCCCCCCAGGAGCUCCUGGAUCCUUCUGAUGCCCAGGAGUUCCUAGGACUCUUAGCACCCCAGGAGUCCCUAGAUGGCCUAACAGCUGCUGAAACAUCAGCAGCUUCAGAGUUUCCACAGCCCUCCAGAGGGUUAGAAUCUGAAGCUUUCCCCCUAGAAUACCUACUGGCCUUCAAUGGGGAUGCCCAAAAGCUUCCUGAGUUCCUGGUUCAAUUGAAUAGUUACAUGAGAGUUAGAGGGCACCUGUAUCCCACUGAAGCAGCCCUGGUAAGCUUUGUUGGCAACCGCUUCUCAGGUGAAGCAGGAAAGUGGUUCCAGCCCUUAGUAGAUAUCCAAAGCCCCCUGCUGGAGCAAUUUGAAAGUUUCAUACAAGUGCUCCAGGAUACUUUUGACAAUCCAGAAAACAUGGAAGAUGCCAACCACCGCAUCCGUCAGCUCUGCCAAGGGGAGGACCAUGUCUACCAGUAUGCAAGCCACUUCCACCUCAUUGCUCAAGAGCUAAACUGGGAUGAAAGCACUCUCUGCAUCCAAUUUCAGGAAGGGCUUGCCAGUUCUAUCCGAGAUGAACUGUCUCGCCUAAGCCCAGCCACCAGUCUAUCUGAUCUGAUCACCCAGUGCAUCACCCUAGAAGAGAAGCUAAGUGGUAAGCCUGAUCUAAGUCCACAAGAGGCAAGUCCCUCUGAGGAGAGAGCUGAGCUUGCUAUUCCACUGGCUGAAGACCUGCCUGCGCAGGCUUCAAGCAAUCGCCCACACCUCAGUGAAGCUGAACGAGCCCGCCGUCGUGAAGGUCACUUGUGCCUCUACUGUGGUCAUCCUGGUCAUUUUGCCAGACACUGUCCUGUCAAGCCUCAUCGUGCCCAUCAAGCGGGAAACAUCGAGGCCCGGCGGUAA